AGCUGGUUCCCCUACAUCGAGAUCUGGAGCCCCCGAUGUCAGAUUGGUUUAGACCUCUCCCUUAUUCACUAGAUUCGAUAGCAAGUGCUGUGAAAUUUCAACAGGACACAUUCGCUGGUCUCAUUCGCUACUAUCGGCAAGCUUGUUCCCAGCUAAGCCAGACGUGCGAACGUAUUCGAGCGGAAAGAAAGGCUCUUCGAAAAGAAGUAGACAGUUUGCGGCGAGAGGUGGAGCACCUACGCCAGUGCGCUUCUGGCUUCGACCCUGCUCAUGCCCAGGAACCUUCAUCCUUCUCCAAUGCGAAUGGCAAGCGUCCGAUAAUUGAUGUCCACGAUUUCAAGGCAAGCUCCAGCCCUAGGUCUAUCGCGACCCCAAUCGGGCCUAGAAUCACACUGCCGCUCGGGGAGCAACCAAGUUUCACCCGUCAAGAUCAUGGACGAAUUGCCAGCCAGGGCCGUCAACCGGAACGACCCGGCACGAGUCGUUUUGUAGAACAAUAUGCAUACAGUGGUGAACAGGGAUCACGCAUGCAAGCUCCUCAGCUCUCUCACGAACAAUCGGUACCUACCCGGCGCCUGCGAUUGGCGUCCGGGGAACAAGGUCAUCAUUCUAUGCCACCUCCACCCCCGCCAGUGCCUGGGCCUCGGGGUCGCUUCAGACCUGCGAUGGGUUCGACGGACACAAGAACCACAACGACCCCGAAACCCCAGACGGCUGGACCGCAAAUGACACAACAUCAGCCUCAGCAACGCUCAUUCGCAGUCCCGCAGACUCCUCACCGCGCUAGUAGCACACACUUCACUGGCCAGACAUCUGACCAAAUGCGCUCACUCCAGUCCAACCGUUUCAUGCCACCAUCUUCGCACGGACCUUCAAACUCUGGUGCAGGUGCGGCAACAUCUUCGAACGUUCCGGGGACCUCGUCUGGAAGACAUAGGAUGCCAUUCGUUUCAGGGAGUACUAGUGGAUUUGGGUGACCUUGACUUUGUCGUACAAUCCUCUCGAUCGAAUAUGCAAUGAACCGUCUACUUGCAAUUGUGUUAUGGGACUCUCGAUUGAGU